AUGACCGAGACUGCCCACCUCGGCAACCAACAACGCCGCACAUCCGGCACGGGCGUCUCGGCUGGGGAAAAGGGCCCCGGCGUUGUUGCACUCUUCGCUACCUUCCCACCAGCCAACACGAUGCUCCAGCCGUGCACCUUUGCCGAUCUCAAGAAGCGUGAGGGCCCUCCUCUCAACGCAUGGGGCCUGUUCGGCGCCGACAACGAGUAUGGUUGUCUCAACUUCAUCACCGAUGUGGCCGUUAAGCGUGGCCGUGACUCGGUCCAGCAUGGCCUCCCAAUCAACCUGAACCUCCCCCUCACAAACUUUCCCCCCGUAAACCCCAAACGCGGAGGAUGCACACACAAGAUUCUCAACUACCACAAUUACAUGGACGAUGAAGUCAAUUUCAACACGCAAUGCUCUACGCAAUGGGACGGGUUUAGACACGUCGCGUAUCAGAACUACCCCGAGGGCUCCGUGACAUUCCACGGCGGCAUGACGCCCGAGGAAGCUGCCGAUCCGAGCAACAUCAAGUAUGGAACUGGCCUCUUUGCCAAGAAGCCGAUCACGACCCGUGGCAUCCUGCUCGACAUUCCUCGCUGGCUGGUGAAGAAGGGCCUCCCCCCUCUGGACCCGCUCACCCAGAAGACGCCGAUUACUCUCGAGAUGCUCAAGGGCUGCGCAGCCGACCAGGCAGUCAAGUUUGCCCCCGGAGACGUCCUGAUCGUUCGCUCGGGAUGGACUGAGGCCUUCCUGGCCCUCACCGACGAGGAGCGUGCCGAGUACAACCCUCUCCUGGGUUGUAUUGGCGUCCAGGCCUCCGAAGAGGUCAUGGAGUGGCACUGGGAGAAUGGCUUCGCGGCCGUCGCCGGCGACCAGUUCGCGUACGAGAGCUGGCCGCCCAACAUUCCCAAGGAGCUGGCAAUCCACGAGGUGUUCCUUAGCGGCUGGGGAUGCCCGCUCGGUGAACUCUGGGACCUCCGCGAGCUUUCAGCAAAGUGUGCCGAACUGAACCAGUACACCUUUUUCCUGACCACCAUGGCCCUCAACAUUGACGCGGGAAUUGGCACUCCCGUGAACGGCCAGGCCAUUCUUUGA